AUGAUCGAGCAGCUAACCUUAGCAGCCACGUUGGGAGUUGAACAAGUUGCUAAGCAUUCCAAAUACUUAGGCCUCCCUACUGAGAUUAGGUACUUGAAAAGUGAGGCUUUUAGUUAUAUCUCGGAGAAGACUAGAGUUAAAAUGAAAGGUUGGAAGGAUCAAAUGCUCAGCAUGGUAGGGAAAGAGGUAAUGAUCAAGUCGGUGGUGCAGACUAUCCCGACGUAUGUGAUGAGUGUGUUUGAGAUUCCAAAGCCCAUUUGUCAAGAGCUUCAUAGAGUGAUGGCUGAGUUUUGGUGGGGUGAUACAGAUAAUGGUAAGAAGAUACAUUGGAUGACUUGGGAUCGUAUGUGUCAAUCGAAAGAGGAGGGUGGGCUAGGUUUUCAAAACAUGGAGCUUUUUAAUCAUGCUCUGCUUGCCAAACAGGUUUGGAGGUUGCUUCACCAACCAGAGUCAUUCGUUUUCCGAACUCUCAAGGCAAAGUACUUUUAG